CGGAUUCUCUCCCCUAGGGGUCGUCGGAGGAGGCGGCGGCGGCUACCCAGGAGGACUGGGCUGGACGGCGGCCGGCUUCGGAAAAGGGCUGUGCAAAAGCGGCGCUCUCGAAGCUACAGGAGCGCAUCGCUCUCCCCUCUCCCUGUUCCUCCUACGGCAGCGGGCAGUUCACUGGGCCCGCAGCCACAGGCACGUGCGGCGGCUGCGAGGGAGGAUCGCCGGGGAGGAAGGGAAACUGCUUGGUCGUGAAGAAGCCGGCUCAGCUGGGCGACCCGCGUCCGGGUGAGCGGGGAAUGGGAUGCAUCCUUCCCCAAGGGAUCCUCAGGGGCCACUUGGCUGGUGAAGAGCCCCCGUUUCCACUGGAGUGUGCCGUGCCACGAGGGUCCACCCAGCCCGGUGCCCAGAGACAGCAGGCAGCAUGCUGGUGAAAGAGUAUCGGAUCUGCAUGCCCCUCACCACCGAAGAGUACCGUGUUGGGCAGCUGUACACCAUCAGCAAGCACAGCCACCAAGAGAGCGACAAAGGGGAAGGUGUGGAAGUGGUGAAGAAUGAGCCCCACGAAGACCCUGUCCACGGCUGUGGCCAGUUCACCGAAAAACGUGUGCACCUCUCCAGCAAGCUGCCUAGCUGGGCUCGCGCUGUGACGCCACGAAUAUUCUACAUCACAGAGAAGGCCUGGAACUAUUACCCGUACACAAUCACAGAGUACACAUGCUCUUUCCUGCCAAAGUUCUCUAUCUACAUAGAGACCAAGUACGAGGACAACUGCGGAGACAGCACAAAUAUCUUCCACAAGGAAAACAUAUUGGGAGACCACGAUGUGACAUUCCUGGACAUCGCCUUUGAUGAAAUCCCAGAGCGCUACUACCGGAGCCUAGAGGAUCUCCGGUACUUCAGUUCGACCAAGACUGGCCGUGGCCCGCUCCGGGAGGGCUGGCGAGAGCAUACCAAACCCAUCAUGUGCUCCUACAAGCUGGUGACGGUCAAGUUUGAGGUGUGGGGGCUGCAGACACGGGUGGAGCAGUUUGCUCACAAGGCCAUCCGGGACAUCUUGCUGAUCGGCCACAGGCAAGCUUUUGCCUGGGUGGACGAGUGGUGUGGGAUGACGAUGGACGAGGUGCGCCUGUACGAGAAGGAAACCCAGGAGGCGACCAACGAGAUUGUCGGCAUGGCGGAGCCCACCUUCACCCUCAGCGGAGUGCGCCUGCCCCCCAACACCCAGAGCGCCCCUUCCACUCCCCUCAGCGGCGACGCGCCAGACUUCCUCAGUGUGCCCAAGGACAGACCGCGGAAGAAAUCUGCCCCAGAGAUGCUCUCUCUGCCGGUCCUGAGGGAGCGUGCCAACGCAGAGUGACGCCUGGCCCCACAAGGCUUACUCCGGCUCCUGAGUCCCCACCCCUUCCUUCGUCAAAGAGACUUGCCCCCCACACACUUCAUUUCCCCAGGAAGGCACGUACCUUGCUUUCGUCUGGUUUUUUAAAAGAAAUUAUUUAUGUGUGGGUUUUUUUGGUUUUUUUAAUGACCUUUCUGAGUUUCUCCUUGUCCUGAAUUGGGCAACAUCCACCUGCUGGACUGAGGAAAGGCCUACGACUUGUGGCCCGCCAAUUCCCUUCCCUGGAUUUCAGCAGCUCUCUUGAAAAGUAAACCUUUCUGACUUGUUCUGGCUAGCGUCCAUCCAAACGUGGCAGGGAUUCUCUGACUUUUCCCUUGUUUGACCUGGGGCACUUGUGGUAUUCCUGUAUUGCAGAAUAACACACACACACCCCGGUCCAGACACACACAUCCUGAGCUUCUCCUCCCUUGCAGAAAUGUUGAGUGAAAUUUACUGCGCCUUCUUAAGUUCCUUUGGGACUCAGCGGAGUGGGCAGGCCUGGAUUGCUUGUCUCCCACCAGCUCAGCAGUCACGAAAGGGGACUUUUAUGGUAGCGGGGGGGGGGGUCAUAGCUCAGGGGCAGAGCAUCUGCUUUGCAAGCAGAAGGUCCCAGGUUCAAUCCCUGCCAUUGAGUUCUGUGUGCUGGGACAACUAGAGUCUUAAGAAUCAUCAGUGGAAUAAGGACCCCUCCAGACUGAGGGUUUGUUUGGUUGUUUUAUGCAGAGGUUUUCUGCAGUGUGUCAUUGACACAAACAUAGUGCGUUCAUGGUGGAUUUAUCCUGGGGUGUCCACACUUCGUUCCACUUUAUUAGCUGUUCUGUGAUGCUUUCCAAAGGUUAUCACUUUUAUGACACCUGGACGGGCAGCUCUUGUUCUCUAGUACAACAAAGCAAGAACCACCACCAUCUCUGAAAAAUACUGGAACAUUAGUGGUAUAUAAAAAGUUGCAGGAUUUCUGCCCUGAAUCUUUAGUAGGUGCAAACAGGAUUGCACAUAACUGCCCUGAUACCAUUGUGAGCACAAAUAAUGGUAAAUGCACAAUAUAAAGGAUGUCUGGAGGGGCCUUUACACUGAUUAACAGUGUUCUUUGUAACACAGACAGGCCUUUUCUGAAUAGGAUUUCCUGUUAUUUGUCCCCCCAUUUAUUCAGAAUGUGCCAAUAUCCAGCUAGGCUGGAGAGCAAACCUGCCAAUACUUUCCACACCACCCUCAUGCAGAAUUUGAUAGCAAGGCUCAGCAUUGUGCAUGCUAAGGAUCUCCAUUCUGGGGGCUGCUAUAAAACAAGCUUCUAGUCCCUGUGGCUACAGAGAGCAACUUGAAAUUACUGUAUAGGCAAUACCUGGUAAUGUUUUUUGAAGCUGGGACUGAGCAGGACUGCUAGGUAGCCAGGAUUGCUGCUUUUAGAGCUCUCACCCAGUGCCUUGCGGCUAGCAAAAGGAGAACAAAUUAAUCAAAUCUGUUUACACUGGCAUAAAGGGGUAAGAGCAGAAGGGCACAGGCUCAAUCACCAGCAUCUCUAGGUAGGACUAGGAAAGACCCUCAUCUUAAGACCCAAGAGAACUGCUGCUGGUCAGUGUAGACCUGCUUUCCCUAUCCUAAGGUCCUCCAGUUGUUUUGGACUACAGUUCCCCAAAAAACAUAAGGAGAGCUUGCUGUACCAGGCGAGUGGCCCAUCUAGUCCAGCUUCCUGUUCUCACAGCGGCCAGAAAGAUGCCUGUGAGAAACCUGCAAGCAGAAUUCAAGCAGCUAGGUUUCCAGCAACUGGUAUGGCAAUGCUGGCAGAUGAAAGUUGCAGUCCAAAAUAUCUGGAGGGUACCAGGUUGUCAAGAUUAGCAUAGACGAUACUGAGCUGCACGGAUCAAUGGGAGACAAAUGUUCAGAGGGAGAGCACAGGCUUCCUGAAACCCUGGAGAGCUGCUGCCGCUUAGUGUGGACAAUACUGGGCGAGAUGGACCAAUGGUCUGACUUACCCUAAGGCAGUUUCCCUAUGUGUCUUAAAUUAAUAAGAUUCUUCUGGGUCUUUGUGAUGCUGAGCCAGCGUCCUAGUCCUUUCCAGCCCUUCUGCCUCCCUCACACAGUGGCCCCCAGACCUCUUCCUCUGUGCCUUUGGAACAGGGACCAUUCCCACUACUGCAACAAAUGUCUGUAGAAUCCCCUCCUCAUAGGAGGUGGGAAGCAUCAGCGCCCUCAGCGUCCAUCAGCCACAGCCAGGGCAUGCACAUAAAUGAUCCCUGCAGGAUCAGGCCAAAGGGCCAUCUGGUCCAGCAUCCUGUCUUUGUUGUGGCUGUGAGAAGCCCCUGACAGCACAGGUAGGACAUGUCCAUAUUGGCUAAUAGCCAUUGAUGGUCCUAUUCUCCAUGAAUAGCCUUAUCCUCCAGGAAAAGUUGCCCAUGUGGCUCUUGGAAGGCUCCCCAAAAAGGAAUGAGCCUUGCCUUCUUUCGCCUCUGGUCCUGCCCAUAAAUUUAAUGUGAGCGUAGGAAGCGCCUUGCUGGAUCUGGCCCAUAGCCCAUCUAUUCCUGCCUCUUGUUCUGCCAGAGGCCAACUAAACACAUUUGGGAAGCCUGCAAACAGGACCCAAGCACAACAGCCGUCUCCCCUCUUUUCAGCAACUGAAACUCAGAGGCCAUCGCCUGCCAACUCUCCUGCCAUCACCAGCGUCCAACUUUUUUGCCUUGCAGAAAACCAGAAGUGCAGCCCCCGUCUGGAAGGGGGCUUCAAGGCAGUGCCACAGAUUCCUCAGAUGUCAGCCUCUCAAGUCUUAAUGUGCUCUCCGAACCUCAAUGUACAAGCAUCCUUACUGGAAUUUGCACUGCUUUCUGUCGCAGAACGGAACUGCUGCCCUUUUUGAGUGUAGGCAUCAGCUCCUAGCUUCUUUUGUGGUUGGUCCCUUUGAUUCCCAGACUGCCAUCCCAGCUGCUACAUUUUGCCUCUGAAUGCACAGAAAUUGCUGGAUCCUCACCCUUUUCGAUGGAAGCGCUUUGGAGGGACCAAACAGACCUCGAGAAAAACUUCCUCAGAAAGCUUGCCGUGUGGUUCAGGGUUGCCAGUUGAGGAACAUGGACUGGUGUUUGAUGCACAUUAUCGAGGUCAAACAAGUUUUGAAGUGUUGCUUGGGUGGGAUUCUGACCCCUAAGAUCCAUCCAAGCUCCCAGGAAGAACAGAUGGCACAGAAAGAUGAUCCAGCAAUAUGUAUUUUAGUUAGCCAUCUACGAACUAUGCUUACACUUUUUAUGUGUGCUGAAAUAUGGGGAACUAGGACUGCAGCCCCAUCAGCCAUCUCUCACCCAGAUUUUGGCGGGGAAGUGUCUGAGAAUGUAUGGAACACCCUUGUGUUUCUGGGCCUUUUGAGAACCCGGGUGGCAAACAUGGAUUGGGGCCUGUUCUCAUCCAGUGUAUAAGCUGAGAGGCUCCCUGAAUUCCAUGGGCCCGGAAAUGGGAGGAAAUUGGUGUGUAUUGGAAAAUCCUAUGUAGAUAAUUUGUGAUCUGUGUAGGAGCCAUUCUGUUAUGCUUUAUUUUUUAAAAAACGAGUGAUAAAACAGUUUCUCAUGGGAAAACCAUCCUUGUGCUUGUGCAACUGGCUCAGUAGGGGGCAACAUGAUGUUGGCAAUCAUA